GAUGCAGCGCUGCGGCCUCCAGAUCUCGCACCUCAGGGUGGGGCCCCCAAGUUAGGUACAGGACCAACCCCCUUUAACGGCGGCGGCGGCGCCUUCCUCCGCUGUUUUUCGCCUUGGGCCGCUGUCGCCCUCUCUGGGUCGCGUCAGCUGGGGCCCAGGCGUACCAGUCUUUUGCAGCUUUAGGGCGCUACCGAGAGCAGUCCUUCCUGGGAGCUUGUAAUCCUCAAAUCGAAAACGACAGACCCGUCCGGGCGCGGUGGCUCAUGGCUAUAAUCCCAGCACUUGGGGAGGCCGAAGCGGGUGGAUCACAAGGUCAAGAGAUCGAGACCAUCCUGGUCAAUAAGGUGAAACCCCGUCUCUACUAAAAAUACAAAGGUCCGGUCCCUCGGGGCCGCGUAGCCAAUCAGAUCCCCCCUGAGAUCCUCAACAACCCCCAGCUGCAGGCAGCAGUCCAGGUCCUGCCUUCCAACUACAACUUUGAGAUUCCCAAGACCAUCUGGAGGAUCCAACAAGCUCAGGCCAAGAAGGUGGCUUUGCAAAUGCCAGAAGGCCUCCUCCUCUUUGCCUGCACCAUUGUGGAUAUCUUGGAAAGGUUCACUGAGGCUGAAGUGAUGGUGAUGGGUGAUGUGACCUACGGGGCUUGCUGUGUGGAUGACUUCACUGCCAGGGCCCUGGGAGCUGACUUCCUGGUGCACUACGGCCACAGCUGCCUGGUUCCCAUGGACACCUUGGCCCAAGACUUGCAGGUGCUGUACGUCUUCGUCGACAUCCGGAUAGAUGCUGCCCACCUGCUGGACUCUCUCCGCCUCACCUUUCCCCCGGCCACUGCCCUCGCCCUGGUCAGCACCAUUCAGUUUGUGUCCACCUUGCAGGCAGCUGCCCAGGAGCUGAAAGCUGAGUAUCGUGUGAGUGUCCCACAGUGCAAGCCCCUGUCCCCUGGAGAGAUUCUGGGCUGCACAUCCCCCCGACUGCCCGAAGAGGUAGAGGCCGUUGUGUAUCUUGGAGAUGGUCGCUUCCAUCUAGAGUCUGUCAUGAUUGCCAACCCCAACGUCCCCACUUACCGGUAUGACCCAUAUAGUAAAGUCCUUUCCAGAGAGCACUAUGACCACCAGCGCAUGCAGGCUGCUCGCCAGGAAGCCAUAGCUGCUGCCCACUCAGCUAAGUCCUGGGGCCUCAUUCUGGGUACUUUGGGCCGCCAGGGCAGUCCUAAGAUCCUGGAGGUCAGUGGGCUCCGGAGGGCCCCUGGAGGAGGGGAGGAGCUGGGAAAACCACAGGUUCAGCUUUGGCUGCUUGAUCAUGGCGACCCCCAUCCUGCCUCCCUCUCCCAACAGCACCUAGAGUCCCAGCUCCGGGCCCUGGGCCUUUCCUUCGUGAGACUGCUGCUCUCUGAGAUCUUCCCCAGCAAGCUUCGCCUACUUCCCAAGGUGGACGUGUGGGUGCAGGUGGCAUGUCCACGGCUCUCCAUUGACUGGGGCACAGCCUUCCCCAAGCCGCUGCUGACACCCUAUGAGGCAGCCGUGGCCCUGAGGGCCAUUUCCUGGCAGCAGCCCUAUCCCAUGGACUUCUACGCCGGCAGCUCCUUGGGGCCCUGGACGGUGAACCACGGCCAAGACCGGCGUUCGCGGGCCCUAGGCCGGCCCGCGCGGGGGAAGGUGCAGGAGGGGUCCACGCAGCCCCCUUCAGCUGUGGCUUGCGAGGACUGCAGCUGCAGAGAUGAGAAGGCGGCGCCACUCGCUCCUUGACACGCUUCAGGGCCCCAGGUAUCCGCUCUUGCUCUGGCUGCUGCCCGCCC